AUGUCGACGGCGGCUGCAUCUCGGCCCAGCGGCUCCAUCCUUUUGACUCCCUUUCCCAACUACCAAUCCGCCCCGCUCUCUCGCGUCAAGCUCCCCGCCGCCGGCGCCGGCCGCUCGCCAAGCAAGUCCGUCAGCGCCUCGUCUCCCCGCUCCUCCCCCGCGGGCGGCACCGCCACCCCGAAGACCCGUCGGACAUGCAUGUGCUCUCCGACGAACCACCCGGGCUCGUUCCGCUGCAGCCUCCACAAGGAACGCAAGCAGAAGGUCCCGGCCGCAGGCAGCUGCAGGAAGCCAUCCUCCCCGCCUUCGCCGCCGUCGAAGCGCACGGCCAGCCCGUUCGCGCAGCUCGGCCCCAUCGGCAGCGGCUGCGCCAAGGGCACGGGCCGCACGCUCCCACAGCUCGCUCCCAUGGGGAGUGGGCACUGGGCGCGCAGGGCGCUCGCGCCGUCCCCCACGGCGCAGCAGGUGCAGUACAGAAAGCGCGCGAGCCGGUUCCACCCCGGGCCCAGCAGUCUCUCCGCAGCCUCCAUGGCCGGCCACCGCGCAGGCGGCAGCAUCCAGUAA